UUCCUUGGCAGUGCCUCCACGCCCUCCACCGUGCAGGUACAGCGCACGCGCACCGAGUGAGGCCCGUGAACUCGGCGUUCCCAGGCCGGUGGACCGAUAGAUCCCAGGCCGGUGAAUUUGGCGUUCCCAGGCCGGUGGACCGGUAGAUCCCAGGCCGGUGAAUUCGGCGUUCCCAGGCCGGUGGACCGAUAGAUCCCAGGCCCGUGAAUUCGGCGUUCCCAGGCCCGUGGACCGGUAGAUCCCAGGCCGGUGAAUUCGGCGUUCCCAGGCCGGUGGACCGAUAGAUCCCAGGCCCGGUGCUUGCCCCAACCCCCCCCCCCCCUCCUUCUAAAUCAAACGCCGCCGUUGGCGGGGGCCCCUCUCUCGAUGGCUGACCGCGAGGAGCUCGGUCGACAGUACGCGGAGGGACGGCGCCACCGCCUCUCGUCCGUGUGCCCCAGCCCGAUUGGCUCGGGGCAAUUCCCGGGCAUCGGUUUCCCCCCCGGGGUAGCUGCCCCCCGUAAGGGCCGCUCGCUUCGCCGCCUGUGCUGCUGCUGCCUGCCCGCGCGGCGUGCCCCGGGAGGCGAGGGCGACUACACGGCACCGCUCAGCUCCGGGAAGAAUCAGCACGCCGCCGCCGCGGAGGAGGAGGCCGAGGAGGAGACCGAGCUGCUGGGCGAGCGCCUGGUCGUGUUGCGCGUGGAGAGCGCGGGGAAGGAGGAGGCGGCGGUCGAGCACCGCACCGGCGGCUUCGCGCAGGCGCAGCUCGUGCUGCGGCGCGGGGCCCCGUUCCGCCUGCGCCUCAAGCUGAGCCGCGCCGUGCAGCGACACCGCGACUCCAUCGUCCUCGAGUUCAGCACCGGUCUGUCCCCGCAGCUACGCAAGGGGACACUGAUCCAGGUCCCCUUGCGCUGGGAGCUGCCGCCCGAGCAGCAGGACGACGCGGGAGCCCAGCGGGACGGAGGCGCGGGAGGCCAGGGCCAGGAGGGUGGGGGCCAGGGGGGUGGGGGGGAGGAGGGGGGCGGGUGGAGCGCCGUGGUGGAGCGCGAGGAGGAGCGCGCGCUGUACGUGCUCGUGCGCUCGUGCCCGCGCUCCGUGGUGGCGCGGUACGAGGUGGCAGCGUGCGCACACAGCGACACCACGGCGGCGGAGGAGAAGGUGCGCUCCAAGCGAGAGCCACUCAGCGUCUACAUCCUCUUCAACCCGUGGUGCCGCGAGGACACGGUGUACAUGGAGAGCGAGGAGGAGAGGCAGGAGUACGUGCUGCGGGAGACGGGGCUCAUCUACUACGGCAACAAGGAGCAGAUCAGCGCGAGGCCCUGGGUCUUCGGACAGUUCGGCAAGGACAUGCUUGACACGUGCCUGCACCUGCUGGACCGCGCCAACAUGCCGCUGUACGGACGCAACGACCCCGUGAAUGUGGCGCGCGUCGUGUGUGGCAUCGUCAACUCGCAGGAUGACAGCGGGGUGCUGGAGGGGAACUGGUCCGGGGACUACACGGAGGGCACCUCGCCGGCCGCGUGGACCGGCAGCGUCGAGAUCCUGCAGGGCUACCACAAGGGAGCGCGCCCCGCGCCCGUGCGCUUCGGCCAGUGCUGGGUCUUCUCCGGGGUCACCACCACCGUGAUGCGCUGCCUGGGCAUCCCGUGUCGCAGCGUCACCAACUUCUGCUCGGCGCACGACACGGACGUGAGCCUCACGACCGACGUCUACGUGGACGAGAAGAUGAAGCCGAUAGACGACCUCAACACGGACUCCAUCUGGAACUUCCACGUGUGGAACGAGUGCUGGAUGGCCCGGCCUGACCUCCCGAUGGGAUACGGGGGGUGGCAGGUGAUCGACACGACCCCCCAGGAGACCAGUCUAGGGUUCUACCGGUGUGGCCCCGCGUCCGUGAACGCGGUGCGGGAUGGGCAGGUGCAGCACAAGUAUGACGCUCCCUUCGUGUUCGCAGAGGUGAACAGCGACCGCGUGUACUGGAUGAGGCAGCCUGGAGGGGAGUUUUCCGUGCUCAGCGUGGACAAGCAGGCGGUGGGGCACUGCAUCAGCACCAAGGCCGUGGGCUCGGACCAGCGAGAAGACAUCACCGGCCUCUACAAACACCCCGAGGGCUCCAAGGAGGAGCGCGUUGCGGUGGAGACCGCGUGCUCGCAGGGCUCCAAGCCGAACGUCUACAAGGCCCCGGGCACCGCGCAGGACGUCCGCCUCCUGGUGAAGCCGCCCGCCGACGAGGUGGCGCUGGGCCGCGACUUCGUGGUGACGCUCCAUCUGGCCAACCUCGACGCCGGCGAGGGGCGCACCGUGGCGCUGUUCUGCGCCGCGCACACCAUGCACUACACGGGCGUGCUGCGUGGCCGCGUCAAGCAGCACUCCUGGGAGCUGCAGCUCGCGCCCGGGGAGGAGUGCACCCUGAGCCUGCCCGUGAGCGCGAGCGAGUACCUGGAGUCGCUGGUGGACCAGUGCGCGAUGCUCUUCACGGUGACGGGGCGCGUGGGAGAGACCGGGCAGACGCUCGCCACGCAGAGGAGCUUCCGCGUCAACUUCCCCGCGCUCGACGUCACGGUGGACGACCGGGACGCGGUGCGCGUUGGGAGCAAAGCGCUGGUGAAGGUCUCCUUCACGAACCCCCUGCCGCAGCCGCUGCGCGCCGUCACGCUGCGCCUCGAGGCCGCGGGGCUGCUGGAGCCCACGCUCAUCCAGCACGGAGAUGUGCCCGGGGGGGGCUCCGUGUACCGCACCGUGGCGGUGUUGCCGCGGGUGGCGGGGGUCGUCACCAUCCUCGCCACCCUCGACUCUCACCAACUCAUCACGGUGCACGGGGAACUCGAGCUGCUGGUCAAGGCGUGACGCUCGUGCACACGCCCGCCUGCUCGAACAGACGCACGAGGAAUGACGGACACGUGCUCGUGUUCCUGGCACGUCCGUGAUAGUACGAGUAUGCGUGCCCGCGUAUGUGCACGCACACUCCUGUACACACACAUGCCCGCAUAAGUACACACAUACACACGAGACUGAGUUCAACGUUUGCCUCGACAGCUUGUUGAGGCUAUCUAUGGGCGGGGGAGGGAUCCUUUGAUUGAAUGCAAAACACGAAUGGCACGCUCACUCGUUGUGCGCGCGCUCGCUCGUUGUGCGCGCGCUCACUCGUGCGCGCGCGCUCACUCGUUGUGCGCGCGCUCACUCGUUGUGCGCGCGCUCACUCGUGCGCGCGCUCUUACGCGUAUGCGAGCUCGUGGAGGACACGUGCCCGUAAGCGCGCCCGUCGUGUGAGUAGGACACGCGCUUGCACGUGCACAGCACUCGAAUACACACUGAGGCUAAUAUGUACACCACGUGCUUGACAACACGCACGUGGUCGGAGAAGCAAGCCUACUCGUGUGUGCCUACACUGUGUGGCUUAAAAAGAAAACAACCGGCGACGUUUCGGGCAUUCGACCUUCUUCUAAGCACACUAUAUAUGUGUGCGUACUCGUACACACACACACACUGCACACACACACAACUGCACACACACACGUCGACAGACGCACGCACACCUAUCGUAUACGCACACGUCCUCGGAUUCACACGGAUACACAAUCAGGCAUGUAGACACGCCCGCUCAUAAGUGGAAGUAUAGGUGUAGGGUAAACGAGGCAUUGAACCGAGUUCUCGAUACGAGGGGGAAAAUAAUUCGGUGCCAACGCGCGAUGAAGGAAGCGGAGACGGGGAGGCGAUUGGGAAACGUUAACACCGAGAGACGGAGAGAGGAGCAAUGUGCAUUAGAGAUCGACUUAUUCAGUGGGCUUGGGGAGGAGGCAUCGUGUCGAGAUGGGACGAUGGCAAGUGGAGGAGACUGGUCACGGAAUGGCAGCCAAAGUAGGACGACCACCUCAGAGAUGGAGCCACGAGAUCGGUUCGCGUGAAUGAGCGGCGAGACGGAUUGUGGGUGACGUCGCGGGACUUUAGGGGCUUGCGUCGGUGUUGGUGAGGCGUUCAUCCAGCAGUGGAUAGAGCAGGGGUCGGCAACCGAAAUAACAAGAAGAGAUGUUUUUUUCUUCUUCGAAUUCGCUAAAAACAACUCGAUAUUUCAAAAGCCGCAAUGCACUGCGUGGUGAAUACGUGAUGUUGGUGGUGUCUCCUGAAUCGACAACUGUCACGAAUGAUCGUCCUUAAAGAGCCGCAAAGCUGCCGGCCCCUGGGAUAGACCGUGGAUGAUGAUGCGCUCUCGUAUCCAAAGACAAAGAUCCCCGUAUAGCCUCAACAGACUGUUGGGGCAAGUGCUGUUAGUGAGCACCUAUGAAAGCCGGGACGGCACACGAGGGGGUGGGAUGGUCAGCACCACGCCCAGCCGCCUUCGUCUCCCAAAUGACGAUGUUUACACACCGCACCAAGUACUCAUUUGAGGCUGAGUCGACCUAGGGGAGGCCCAGGACCUAUUCAGAUCAUCGUCACUGAUGUUGGCCGUGAGCGGUAAUCGAACUCGGGUCUCGAGUUCAUAACGCAGCGCACUAACCACUACAACACCGCUCUCCGCCAAUGACAUACACCCACCGUACACAUGCAAAUAUAUGCACACACGUUCCUAUCCAAACACACACACGUGUAUAUUCGAUUCGUACGGUUGGCUACUUACGGGUGCGAAAGAAGUUCAUGAUAGAUACACGUGCGUCCCGAUACACGUUGAGUGGUAGCCGCACGCUGAUACCCUCUGCCCGUCCCGCGUCCACAGGUUUAUAUGGGUUUCAUAUAUUUCGUCAUGUAUUUUCAUACCUUAGAAUGUUUGCAAUAAUAUUCUCUUAUUAAAACUGCCACGGCAUAA